CAAUUGUCGAUCAGUUCUCGAGAUGAAUCAGGCCUCUCUAUAUCAGCACGCCAACCAAGUGCAAAGGCACGAUGCCAAGUUGAUUCUGGACGAGUUUGCAUCGACUUUGCAGUGGCGUUCCGAUGGAGAGGAUGCCCUCUUGGAUGUGGGUUCGGGAUCCGGAAAUGUGCUAAUGGACUUCGUGAGGCCCCUGCUCCCCAUCCGGGGUCAGUUGGUGGGCACCGAUAUCUCCAGUCAAAUGGUGGGCUAUGCCAGCAAGCAUUAUCAGCGGGAAGAACGUACUCGAUUCCAAGUUCUGGACAUAGGAUGCGAACAACUCCCGGAGGAACUGAGCGGCCGAUUCGACCAUGUCACCUCGUUCUACUGCCUCCAUUGGGUGCAAAACCUCAAGGGAGCCCUGGGCAAUAUCUACAAUCUUCUGAAACCCGAAGGCGGUGACGUUCUACUGGCCUUCUUGGCCUCCAAUCCGGUUUACGAGGUCUAUAAGAUCCUUAAAACGAAUGAGAAGUGGUCGAGUUAUAUGCAGGAUGUGGAACAGUUUAUAUCCCCACUUCACCAUAGCUUGAAUCCUGGCGAGGAAUUUAGUCAGCUCUUAACUGAUGUGGGUUUUAUUCAGCACAAUGUGGAGAUACGCAAUGAAGUAUUUGUUUACGAAGGUGUCAGGACUGUGAAAGAUAAUGUAAAAGCCAUUUGUCCUUUCUUGGAGCGAAUGCCCAUAGACUUGCAUGAGGAAUUCCUGUAUGAUUUCAUAGACGUUGUUAUAUCAAUGAAUUUGCAGCAGGGCGAAAAGAAUGAGGAUCAAAAGUUUUUAUCGCCCUAUAAACUGGUAGUGGCCUAUGCUCGCAAGACUCCCGAGUUUGUAAACAAUGUUUUUCUGGAACCCCCACAUCAAAAUUUGGUCAAGGGAAUUAAUUAGUUAUUUUGCAAUCAGAGAUAAUUGUUAUAGAGUCUAUUAAUGCCAAAUGAUAUAUAAUACUUAACUUAAUUAAAUAUAAAAUGUUCCUAGAAA